AUGAAAGUCCCGGAUUUGACGAAUUAUGAUCACUUAAUUGGUGGAUUCUGCGGUGGAGUCACAAGUACAGUCGUUUGUCACCCGUUUGAUCUUCUAAAAAUCAGAUUUUCCGCCAACGAAGGAAGUUCGUUACGUCCGCAGUACAAAGGCUAUGCAGAUGCUGUUCGUAAAAUUGUGAGAGUCGAAGGAGUACGUGGAUUAUAUCAAGGAUGGACUCCAAGUUUGAUUGGAGCAUCCGUAUCCUGGGGGCUCUAUUUCCAGUGGUAUAACUCGUUGAGAACGAAAAUCAACGAAAACUUCUCAACUGGGAGUGAAAUGGCAAACAAUCUGAUAAGUGGAUGUAUCUCUGGCUCAGCAAUCAUGUGUAUUACUAAUCCAAUUUGGUUGACAAAGACCAGACUAUGCCUUCAAUACGAGAACCAACAAACGAAAAGAUACACUGGAAUGAUUGAUUGCAUGCGUCAAACUGUUCAGCAAGAAGGAUUUUUCGGAUUGUAUCGUGGAUUUGUCACUGGAGUCAUUGGAACUACACAUGGUGCCGUUCAGAUUGCUGCUUACAGCUGGAUGAUUGAUAAGAGAUGCGCUGCUCGUGGUCUCCCGAAGGAUACCUUCUUAAACCAAACCGACUACGUUGUUGCCUCCUCCACUUCCAAAAUUCUUGCCACUACAGUCACGUUUCCCUAUCAAGUUCUUCGAACCAGAAUGCAAGAUCACAACACUGAUUCGCGUGGAGUGUGGAAAACAACGUUGAAAACUAUCCGAAACGAGGGAGCCACUGGUCUUUGGAAAGGGUGUCUCAUUGCAAAUGUACGACAACUUCCAGCAGCAGUCGUCACAUUUUUAACGUAUGAGAAUGUGAAGCGAUUGGUAGCGAUGACUAAAAAUUAG